AAGUUAUGCUCCCCCUGUGUUGACGACAACGAUUACGACGGAGCUCAGAUGCCAAAUGAAUUGAGUCACUGCACACACUCCGUCCAACACCGGCGCCUAAGGACUGGUAAUAAGUGUUUCAUGGAGAUUCGGGAAGUUGAGGGAAUAAUGUUAAAUUACAAUUAUACCGCGCAUGAUCUUAUUUCCGCAUACACUGAUUCAUCGUCCUUUGAUGUAAAGCAUCAAUUAUCAGGUGCGUUGCCGAUAUAAGAGAAUUCCAGGUGCUUUCCAUAAACCAGAGACCACAUCUACAAGUCUCGCUUGUCUGCACUUUCACUGUUUUGUCAAGAAUGACCAUCGACCACGCGAUCCAUGACCUUGGACUCUCUCCAGGUAUUGUCUUUGUGACUAUCGCGAGCUUCACGGUCCUGUGUUGGGAUCACAUAAUCACCUUCGCGGAUGAGGUAGCUUUGAUCUGGUGUAAACCCAAAGGGUUUCGUGAGUAUAGAUCACCUUCUGACAUCUUCGUCCGCUCACUUCACUACGAAUUCAUUCUAGUUGGGUGUCUAUUUCUGCUGGUACGUGAACCUGCAUCUGACGUUUCUGAAAAUAAAAUUUACUUUAAAUUCAAGAAUCGAUAUAUCACACCUCUGGGGUUUGUCGUCAACAUUGUUGCAUUGACCCUCCCAACUUGGUCUACAGAGAGCUGCAGAAAUUUUGUGAGAUACGAAGGGGCGAUGGCGAUCAUUGGUGUCAGUGUAGCGCAACUGAUAAUGCUGUCACGGAUUCAUGUUUUGUAUCCAGGGAACAGAGUUGCUAUUACGAUACCGGGUCUCCUCUUUUUAGUCUGGGUUGCACUUGAGGCGUAUGCCAUGGCUUGCGGUGAAAGUGAGCACACCUGUUAUAUGUGCAGACGAUAUUUGUCAAUCACUCACAAUAUCAGGAUACUCUCUGCUGCUCGGGCAUGGAUGCCUUUGACAUACGACUCAGCCCUCUUUGCCAUGAUCCUAUGGCGCACCUUGCCUACUGUCUGGAGUAAAGGAGCAGGGCGAAUCUUGCCCAAACUGCUGAUCGAUGGUACAUUGUACUAUACUGUCAUUUGCUCUGCCAACCUAGUACUGACUGUGAUGAUCUUACGAGCACCCCCGGGUCAGAAAGGUAUUGCUGCUCAAUUGGUGUACUUGUUGACAGUUGUGAUGACGUCGCGCGCCACACUACGUCUUAAAAAGCAAAUGUGCCCAACGGUAACUUGUACCUCCAGUGACCAACACCGACAUUAUUCUAUGCACUCUCCUACUCUGUCGAAGUCUGCAGCCUCACUUGUACCCUGGCAAACACCAAAUAUGCGGCUUCAAUCACAAUGCUUGCCAGUUGUCUCAUGCGCCCCUGUGCCAUCCAUCCCAAUAGACACCGACGAUACCCAAUCUUUAGAAGAUGGACUACCAAUUUAUGCUGAUGUAGAGUCGCAGUGAUACUAUGAGCAUGUUUUGUCUCGAUAAUAUUACCGGAUGUGACACGUUUCUGUCCUGCGUGCUCAGGAAGCAUUUGUCGUUCUUACAGCAGUCAGCUGG